AUGCGACAACCCUCAUACAUACAACAGGCUUGCAACCACCCAGAAUGCGCGACAACCCAGCAAAAGGUCCUCCAAUCCGAUCAUUACACCGGUCUCGCACCUCGGAUCGCAUCCCAAAACUACCCUUGUCCGCACGACCUUGCAUGCAAUUCUAUGAAUCUUUCUUUUCUUCUUACCUGCCGUCUCAUCUACUAUGAAGCCCGCCAUUUACCCUAUAUCCUUCAAUUAUUACGCUAUCUUGAAAUCCGUGUUCCACCAGAGCAAGGAAUGGAUACUCACCUCGCUGAGUGGAAUGAGACCUUCUCGUUGAUUAGUCUCGGUUUCUCCAAUCUAGCUGCCAUCUCUAUUCAGAUCUAUCUCCGUUUCCCGAUGCAAACGGUACGGGAUACAUUUUGGGAUGGAGGUCUCCUUGAGCUCUGCCGCCUGAAAGGUCUUCAGGGCAUGAGGCUCUCUGUUCUCAAGUUUGACUCCGCCUGGCCACCAACUGAAGACGCUGAAAUCUUCUUCGCAUACUCUGCCGGCGCAAUACCCUCUGUCAUGGAAAAUACUAGCGGCAGAGAAAGACGAGUUCCAGUCCACCUCUCAUCGUCCUUGCCACCUAAUGAACAUAUCUGCUUCCGCCGUGCGCGCGAUAAACUCAGAGAGCAGGUUCGACAAGACGCCUCCAUCGGAGAGGAGUGGACAUCCCAUGACUCUUAUCACUCUGGCCAGCUCUUCUUCCGCUUCUCUCCAAAUGUCUUCCCGCUCUAUGUCCGCCACCUGAUCCACGCCCUUCCCCGCCGGUGGCCGCAUCGAACGCACGCGGACAUCCGGCGCGAGGAUCGCUUGCAUACAAAUAAAACAGAGUAUGCGUACGUCUAUCGCGAGGACAAUUCGUGCUCGGAGCACCAUCGGCGGCCAAUUUUCGGGUUUCAAUUCAAUCCGAAUGCGACACUGAAACAUGAUGACGAGUACAUUGCACGAGGACUGACGGCAUUGCGGCUGUCGCGCGAGCGACUGUCCCGCAAGCGGCUACUGCGUUCUUCAUCAUCAUCAUCAUCUUCUUCUCCUUCCAAUUCAUUUCCUUUUUCCUCCACGGGCCGGCAACGAGACGAGAAUGACACUCGACCAACAUUACCAUCACCCAGAAACCGGGGGCAAGGCGAGCCUCGCUAUUCACGAAUCGAUGCCUUGUCAUCAGCACGUCAACGCCGGGCGAGUCCGGUUGUUCCUGAGGUUCCUCAGAGUCGUUGGGAAGUGAUCCCAGCAGAGAAUGAAAGACCGGGCGAUUGGAGACGGCGACUCACAGAGGAGGCGUUUGCGCCAUUCCUUGAAUCGCUUCCCAUGGCACUCUCAUAA